GCAGCACCCAUGUUGUCCCUUCCUCUCAUUCUCGCUGCUGCAGUCGCACAGGUGCUCUCCGACCCGCAACCACUGGCACAAGCACCCUCAUCAUGGCGGAAGCCCAAUAUCAAUACCUCGCUGAAGGAUCGAGUCAGCCUCGCUCAGGCCGCUAUCUCGCAAGCCAUCGGGCAACUGGACACCACCAACUCCAUGUUCCCUGACCCGAGCAACACCUACUCCAUCUCCGGCGCAUUCUACUCCCAGCUUGCGGAGUUCGAUCAGCUCACCAACCAGUCACAGUACGCGGCCAAUCUCGGAGGAUACUACGGCUCGGCAAAGACGCUGCUCCAGCAGCAGUUUGGGGCGGCGAAUUUCACUGGGUUUUAUAUUAAUGAUGGCUUGAACUUCGGGCAUGGAGCUAUCAUCGCGUACAAGACCUACAAUGUCUCAACGUUCCUCCAAUAUGCGAUCCAAACAUGGUGGGCAGCAGUCCCGUACACCCUCACGCAAACAGCGCUCGAUGCGGGAAAAAUUCCGUCCAAGAGCUUCAAUUUGACCGCAUCAUGUCAAGGCAUUACUAUGGCUGGCGGGACUUUCUGGAGCAAGGAUCAGCAGAAUCCGGACAUCGUUGGUCUAGCAACUGGGAGUUUCCUUGUCCUUUCUGCGUUGCUCGCAGAAGCGACCGCGGACCCUCUGUACCUGUCGGCGGCCCUCCAGUCGAUGACGUUCAUCCAUUCGCACCUUUACAACGUCCAAAAUGUCGUGCAAGACCUGAUAUCGGCCCGCGCCAACGACAGCUGCGCGUUGGGCUCCGCGGGACUCCAGCCCUACAACUCCGGCUUCAUGAUUGAGGGCUUGGCCGUCCUUUACACUCUCUCCAAGAAUGCAACUUACAGCAAGAUGAUCGACGACAUUGUGUCGGCCUCUCUUGCGACGACCGGAUGGCAAGAUGCGACGGGAAUCAUCCAAACGGGAGUCAACAAGACAGGCGACGGUACUCUUCCACGCGGGUUGGUGGCUGCCUACAGACGAAACGCGACGAGCCCGUCUCUGAGACCAUACAUUGCGUCAUAUCUUGCUGUUCAAUACAACGCUGCAGUUGAUUUGGCGAAGAAAAGCGGAGGCGACAUCUAUGGUCAGUCGUGGCUGGGUCCGGCCGGCACGACGUUCAACGCGGGGGCACAAGUCAACGCUAUCCAAGCACUGAUCAGCUCCAUCGCACUCGACGACCCCAUUCUGCCGCCAACGCCGCUGUCCCUGAGCUCGAGCGGCUUUUCCUUCUCGUCCAAUGCCCCCGGUUCAUCGCCAACACUCCCGUCGUCGCCUGGCCCGACGCACAAGACCAAGACAUCUAUCGGCGGGGUUGUUGGGGGCGUUGUCGGUGGUCUUGUUGCGCUUGCCUUGCUGGCGGGUUUGGCGUUCUGCUGGGGACGGAAGCGGGGCCAUAGCCGGCUGAAGACGCCAUCGCCGCAAUCACCCAACUCUGCGCUCGACAUGAGGGACCGUCAUUUUGACUUCCUGGCGGGGUAUACUGGCCAGCUUCCCGAUGAGCAGCCGCAGUCCACCAACGUCACGGUGGCGUCGUCGCCUCACCAACAAUUCGGCGGUAGCCCUCAUAUCUCGCCAUAUCAGGUCCACGACCCAGUUCUACCCGUUCAAGUUGGCGGCAGUUUGAACCCGGUCCGAAGAGCGCCUUCACCAUCCCCGAGCAGCGAGUCUUGGGCGUUGCCACCGCCAACGCUCAUUGGUGCAGAGACGCACUCGAGCUCCGACUCGCCAUCUGUGUUGAGCGCAGACACCGGCCGGUCCUUAUCGCCCUUGUCCCCCAAACGACGACAAGCCUCGGACCCGGCAAUUCAAGCCGUCACGGAGCAACCGACAACGGAGGAGCUGGUGCGCAUGUUGUAUGACCGGAUGAACAGUCGGCCAGGCACGAAUGUGGGGGGCUAUGAAGAGGCGUUGCCGGAAUAUCGGACAGCUGUUGUGCCAUAG